GUUUUCAUGAUCGGUUAAAAUAAUUAUCGUUUGCUGGAUCGCAUCGUGGAGAGACCGGUGGGGGCGAGACCGGAAGAGAUAUUUAACCGAUGCAUAGGUACACGCGCUGGCCAGUGGUCAUAAAGUACUCGUUACGAACAACCUCGCGACAGGAUGUCUCUUCAACAGAAAUUCGAGGAAGCUGUGGAGGCAAUUAAGACGCUCUCCAAACGUCCCUCAGACAACGAAUUUUUGGAACUUUACUCCUUGUUCAAGCAGGCGACGGUCGGCGACAUCAAUACCACCAGGCCCGGUAUGAUGGACGUGAAAGGAAAAGCGAAAUGGGACGCAUGGAAGUCGAAGGAGUGUAUGUCCCAGGACAACGCGAAAGAAGAGUACAUUAAAUUGGUCAACAGAUUGGUGGAGAAGUACAAGUAGAUCGUUGAAACAAUUCUUGUCAUAUACUUUUGUAACCACGGAAUCCUGUAUCCGCGUUGUUAACAUAAAUUUUAUAUAUUGUUCUACGAUACUAUUAUUAAAAUAAAAACGGUUUGUUCCUA